AUCCCCGGCAGCCCAGCACAUUCCCUAUUCCAAGCGCAUUAUCGGCAUUCUUUGGAUAGUUCCCCAGAUCUCCAGGCAGCCGGCAGCGCAACCAUCUGACAAAACGUCACCGGUGUUGCCAUUGUUUAACGUGCAGCUCCCAUUGACGUCUUACCCAUACACUUCUUCAGUCUUUGAAUUAAUGGUCUUUCACUUGACAGAUAUUGUCAAAAUUGUCAAAUUCCUGAGUCGUGUGCCAGUCCAUAGCGUCCAUUGACCAUUCCAUUCCAACAAACUGGUGACAAAUUGGCAUAUUGGAUGGAAAAAUCCAUUUUACACAAAGUUCUCCUAUUAAAUAAUCCAUUAAGAGUAUAGUUUAUUGGGAAGUUUCACAAUGGAUGGAAAGGUUUGUGAAGCCUCCGAGGAGGUGAAAGCGAAGAAACACAAACACAAAAAAGAGCACAAACACAAGAAGGAACAUAAGCAGAAGUCCGAAAAGGUCAAGAAUAGAAAACAUAAAAAGCACAAGAAACACAAACAUAAAGAUGAGUCACCUGCAACGAAGAAGCAUACAGCUAUCGAGGAAGACAUCGAUACUAAUACAAAAGCUAUUAUAAAUGGGAAAGUACCAGAUGUAGAAAAAGCUCCGCUGGCUGAUAUUGACUCACUUGUUGAUUACAUUGCUGAAGAUUUAGGUGAAAAAAGAAUGAUGGAAGUAGUUUCCUCAGAGAGUGAUGGGGUCCCAGAAGCGGAUUGUGACAGUGUGGACAUUGACAUGUCUGUGAUUGAGGCAGAUAUGGACCUUGAGGAACUCAUGAAGCAAAAAGAACUUCUGCAAGCCCAACUGAUGGCUAGUGAAGUUGAAGAGGUUGCCCCACCACCUUUUGUUGCUAAGGCUAAAAAUGGAAAAAUUGAUGAGGUGAUCCUGGUUGAUUCAGAUGAUGGAGAUACAGCAGUUCCUACAAAAAGGAAAAGGUCACGGAGUAGAGACCGUAGAGUGCAGGUUAAACCUAAAGAAGACACGAAACGAAAGCGAACUCAUAGUAGAGAAAGAAGCAGUAAAAACUAUGAUAAAGAAAGCCAUGGUCAUAGUCAGUCUAGCUAUGGGGCUAGGAGAUCUAUAUCUAGAGAUGUGAGGCAUGAUAGAGAGAGAAAUAGUUAUAAUGAUAGGAUAAAGCAUAGGCAAGGAAGAGACACUAGAGAAUCAGAAAGGGAAAGAGACAAUACUAGAGAAAGGGAUAGGAGAUCUAGGGAUAUAGGACGUAGGAGUUAUGAUGAAAGAGAUAGACAAAGAAUGGGAAGGGACAGGAAUAGAUCCAAAGAAAGGGAUAGACACAGACACUCACAUAGUCAUAAACACAAGGAUAAGUUGAAGAAUGAAAAACAAGAUAUGUUCAAGGAUUCUCUCAGUGAGGGUCAGAAGAAUGUUGUCAGCAGUGAUAGCAGUGAACCAGAAUUUGAUGUGGAUUUGAAUGAAGAAGAUGAAGAAGCUAUUAUAGAGAAAAGAAGAAAACAAAGAGAGGACCUAUUGAAGCGCUUGGGUGCCGCACCUCUGCAUAGUGACGAGUCCAAUAUGUCAAUGCCCCCUACUUCAGACCAAAAUCAGCAAAACUUUUCAUCAGAGAAAGAAAAGGAAAAGAAACCUACAGAACAACCGCUACCCGCUAAAGAAGAAGCCAAAAAAAAAAAUGGUAAAGCAGAACAAGAAGUAAAGAAAGAAGAGGAAAAAGAGGAAGAAGAGUCACAUACACCUCCAUUGCUGCCCAGUAUGAAAGUGGUGAUCAAGCAAGAUGAAGAGAAGAAAGAUAAGUGCAAAAAGUCUGAUUGGGACAUGUUUGCAGAACAAGAUAUAUUCAAGUCGGAUACAAAUUCUCCAGCCAUUGUACCCAAAGGUUCAGGUCAAGAAAAUCCCUCUUUGACAGACAACUGGGACGAUGCUGAAGGAUACUACAGAGUGAGAAUUGGAGAAAUCCUGGAUAACAGGUACAUGGUGUAUGGGUACACAGGUCAAGGUGUGUUUAGCAACGUGGUUAGAGCAAGAGAUCAAGCCAGAGGCAAUCAAGAUGUUGCUGUCAAAAUCAUCAGGAAUAAUGAAAUCAUGCAUAAAACAGGCUUGAAGGAGCUAGAAAUUCUGAAGAAACUAAAUGACGCAGAUCCUGAGGAUAAGCUCCACUGUCUCCGUCUGAUCCGUCAAUUUUUCCACAAGCAGCAUCUGUGCAUGGUGUUUGAACCACUAGCUAUGAACCUCAGAGAAGUAUUGAAAAAGUAUGGGAAAGACGUCGGAUUGCAUAUCAAAGCCGUCAGAAGUUAUACUCAACAGUUAUUGUUGGCAUUGAAGUUAUUGAAGAAGACUGGAAUAUUACAUGCAGAUAUUAAACCAGACAACAUAUUGGUAAACGAAAGCAAGCACUUAUUGAAACUCUGUGAUUUCGGUUCGGCAUCGAAAAUCAACGAAAACGAAAUUACACCGUACCUGGUGUCAAGAUUCUACAGAGCCCCUGAAAUUAUUCUUGGCAUUCCAUACGAUUAUGGCAUUGACAUGUGGUCAGCGGCAUGUACGAUCUACGAACUGUACACUGGCAGAAUAAUGUUUUCGGGUAAGAGUAAUAACCAAAUGUUGAAAUUCUUUAUGGACGUAAAAGGGAAGUUUCCUAAUAAAGUGAUUAGGAAAGGAGCAUUUAAGGACCAGCAUUUUGACAGCAACUGUAACUUUUUGUAUCAUGAGAUCGAUAAGGUCACUGAGCGGGAGAAAAUAGUAGUGAUGUCGGUGGUAAAAGUAAGCCGCGACCUACAGUCAGAGUUGGUAGCAGGCCAAGCGUUACCAGCCGAUCAGCUAAAAAAAGUCUCCCAGCUCAAGGACCUCUUGGAAAAGGCUUUGGCCAUCGAUCCAGCAAAGAGGAUCAGCCUUAACAAUGCACUUACACACCCUUUCAUCCAGGACAAGAUCUAGAUAGAGAAAGCAAAGGUGUUGAAAUGGAGGUGAGCUACCCUCAGCAGGACGCACACUUUGGGCUCGUUUCCAAAGACCGACAAGUGAAGACAUGUUUGGUUUUGAUGUGAAAUGAAGCUAUUCAUUGUAACAAAUGCGGUAUUGAAGAAGUUUGAAAAGGAUAAGUAUUCGUCCGAUUGCUUAAAUGCUUUUGAUAACAUUUUUGUGUUGUUUUAUAGUGACCAGUGGAUUGGUAUGCAUCUAUCUGACCAAAUACGAAAAUAGUAUUUUGCAGAGCUCAUCAACUGCAGAACAGUACCUUCAAUUGUUGCAACAUGAUCUAGAAGCCUGCCCGGAUAAUUCACCUUUGGCACAGGUUAAUAACUGUUGGUUUCAUCAAGACGAUGCUCCUGCACAUAGCUCUAGGCAAG